CCCUCCCUGUCAGCCCAGCCUCCCCAGGAGGGCCGUCCGACGGCCCAGGCUCGCCUCGCCGGCUGCCUCCUGUCCCUGGAGGGGCAGAAACCCGAGUAGGGGGGUGCCCCUGGGUACAGUCCCCCUCGGUCCCUGCUGCCCGGGGCCGGGCCGUGGGCAGGGGCGGCUGCACGGCGGGGCUGGAUGCGGCUGCCAUGGGGCGCGGGGCUCCCCUCGGACCGUGCCUGCUGCGGGCAGUGCUGCUGCUCGCCCUCUGCCCCGCCGCCGGCAGCACCUGGAUGUGGCUGGGCAUCGCCGCGGCCGGCGGGCCCGAGAAGCCGGGCUGCGCCAGCCCUCCGCUGAGCCGCCGGCAGCAGGACGUGUGCGAGCAGAAGCCGGAGCUGAUGCCCGCGAUCCGAGAGGGAGCGCGCCUGGGCCUCCAGGAGUGCCGCAGGCAGUUCCGACACGAGCGCUGGGACUGCCGCUCGCCGCCCGCCGCCCGCCGCGGGACCGCCGCCCCCGCCGCCUUCGGGCAGCAGCUCAGCAGCGGCACGAAGGAGACCGCGUUCAUCUCGGCAGUGACGGCGGCUGGGCUCGUGCACUCGGUGACGCGGUCGUGCAGCGCGGGGAACAUGACCGAGUGCUCCUGCGAUGUCACCCUGCAGCACGGCGGCUCGGCCAGCGAGGGCUGGCACUGGGGCGGCUGCUCUGACGAUAUCCACUAUGGAAUGUCCUUCAGCAGAAAGUUCCUGGAUGUGCCGUUCAAGAACGUAACAGGCAAGAGUGGGAGCGGGCUGGUGGCGAUGAACCUGCACAACAACGAGGCUGGGAGGCAGGCUGUAGCAAAACUGAUGUCUGUGGAUUGCCGUUGUCAUGGUGUUUCUGGGUCCUGUGCUGUGAAAACUUGUUGGAAAACCAUGCCAUCCUUUGAAAAGAUUGGCCGGUUUUUAAAGGAUAAGUAUGAAAACAGCAUACAAAUAUCAGACAGACUGAAAAAAAAGCUACGCAGGAAAGAGAAAAGCCAGAGAAAAAUACCAAUUGGGAAGGAGGACCUGCUGUAUGUAAACAAAUCACCCAAUUACUGUGUCGAAGACCAAAAACUGGGGAUCCCUGGAACUCAGGGAAGAGAAUGUAACCGCACUUCACAGGGACCUGAGGGCUGUAACCUGCUGUGCUGUGGGCGUGGGUACAACACCCACGUUGUCAGGCACGUGGAAAGGUGCGAGUGCAAGUUUGUCUGGUGCUGCUACGUGCGCUGCAGGAGGUGCGAGACCAUGACCGACGUACACACCUGCAAGUAAGAUGAAGUACAGGAAACAUGGCCAAACCAUCCACCCUGUGUAGUGCACACAGCUGCUGCAGGGGCAGCAAUCACUGUUACCAUGUGGGAUUUCAGAGGGAUCGGCCUCAGGGGGAACAGGUACUGCCAGACAAUGGGUAUCCAAGCAUGCCUCAACUGAAACGACAGCUGAGUAAAUAUCAGGCUGCAUGCAGGGACAGCUUAAACAGCAAAAAGGACUCCUGAUGACACAUUUGAACAUUUUAACAUGUUACUCCAUAAGCAGAGACAGAUGCUAAACUUUUCAAGUAUUUAAUAGACACAAUGUCCUGAAGAUCCGUGUGGUGGCUAGGUACAGUGGAGAAAUCUCAAGAUCUCAUUAGCCUGAGAGUUAAGAGAGUUUGUAAGACACAUUAGACAUAGUGCUCAUGUCUGUGCUUUUAAAACUGGGACUAGAUGGAUCCACUAGUUAGUUCAUUUCUGCAGACUUCAGAAAAACCCACAAAGAUAGGGAAAGAGACAAAGAUAGGGAAAGAGUUCAGCUGUUGACCACGAAGCAUUUGCUUUGCAGCCGUUCAGAAAACUGCCUUCUGCAAAGUGUGCAGAAAAGCAUCAGGAAGCGAGGAAUGUCUGUGACUGCAGAGAGCUCAGCAGUGUCU